GGAUCUUAGAACCGGACAUAAGAGGCGACAUUACAGUUAGGCUAAUGCUAAAACUUCUCCCGACUCCGCUACUUUCACGUCCCACCAAUGGCGAACCUCAACUCCUCGGCUCUUCAACAAAGAAAGAUCUAAACAAUUCUGCAAUCUCCCCCACUUUCAAUUCCAGAUAAUAAAUUUGGUAGAAAGUCGAAAGCAAGAACCCUCAAAGACCCCAGUAAAAUUACCAUAACCAAAAAGCAAGAAUUUUUUUAUUGGCUAUUUAAUGGGAAAGUCUCUUCCUUUCACCGGAAAAUUCCAAGAACUCACCAAAAUAGUCUCUUCCCACCAUCCUAAACGCUCGAAAGUUGCGCCUGUAACUCCUUUAAGACCCAGAGAGGUCCGGUUUGACUCCGAGCUACUCAAGGUGAAGAAAAUGGAGGAUGGCUCGCUCUGUAUUGAUGGCCAGAAUCGUGUGCCGCUUUCCCACGUAGUUUCUGAGUGCACAAAACGGUGGUUUCAAGAUACACUUAGGGAGGCCAAGGCUGGUGAUAUUGCCAUGCAAGUGCUUGUGGGUCAGAUGUAUUGUAGUGGAUAUGGUGUUCACAAAAAUGCCCAAAAGGGCCGUGAGUGGAUUAACAGAGCUUCGAAGGGUCGAACUUCAGCAUGGAAAGUGAGCAAUGAACAUCCAGGUUAUAAUGCAAGUGACUCAGAUUCAGAUGAAGCAAAGGGGGAUGCUAAUAGAAAUAAGAACACAUAGUUAUUCUCAUUGCACUUGUGAAG